UCGGGUUCUCCCUGAUUGCGGAGCAGUUCCUGGACCCCAACAUGGGUUAUCCCGGCCAUACGCUUGACUACUACGUGCCGGUCUUCGGGCUCCUUGAGCUCUUCUUCUACAUUGGUUGGCUCAAUGUCGCCGACUCUCUCCUCGAUCCCUUUGGUGAAGAAGACCACGACUUCGAGUUGUUCAAGUUUUUGGAAAGGAACGUUAAAAUGACGGAGCUGCUGUGUGACGUGAUGCCCAGUGAUCUGCCGCCUGGCGUGGGGGAACAGGAGUCUCAGGGUGACGAGAAGCAGGAGUCGAGUCUGCUGACCGACAUCUUGCCCUAUGACCUCCCAAUCACAGCAGACCAACCUGACACACCUCUCUAUGACGAAGACGACCUCGAUGCCACUAGUAUCGAUUCCUCGAAGCCGCCAGAAUCUUGGUACUACUGAGCUUUAUAAGUGGAGUGGACUUAAGGAUAAAUAUGCUUUGGAGACGUAAGGCUAUGUUGGAAUACUUUACUUGAUGCUGGCUUUAUAUUCACGUGUGUUGUAUUAAAUAUUUUUUGACCUGUCAAAGUCAGCUUGAGAGAUAUAAUGUUAAGUGUUAUCAAGGGAAGGAGGUUACAAGACAUUUGCUGAAUUAGGCUAUGCCACUAGUUCCUAAUUUUACUAUGAUUUGGGUUAAUCUUAGAUUAAUUAAUAGUUGGAUAUUGUGUUUAUUUAUUUUACUUUUAUCUUUUAAAUAUUUUAAAUUUACUUCAAAUACUCUAUAUCUAUAACCUGAUGCGUUAUAAGCGAUUAUUAUGCUAAUUUAUCAAUUCCAUGUGAUUGCUGGUUUAGUUAAUAACUUACAUUAUGUGCUGGUGUUGUAAGAGCUAACUUGCAGAUUAAACAACUCUACGGUUGUCCUGGAAGACUAUAAUGAAGUGUAGUUUAAAGUGUCAUGUAUUUUGUAAUAUUUGAAACAAUCUUUUGAAAUAAUAUGUAUUUCUGUAUCAUAUAGAGACGUAUCCACAGACAAAAGACUGGUGAACAAUGUGUCUAAGUAUAUAUGUGGCUUAACAUU